AAAGUAUAUGUACGACACGUAUCAAAAAUCGGUUUGAGGUUAAAUAGUCGGUACACAAAUAAUUGUGCAAAUCAUUUCAAUUUUCAAAGUCAAUUUUGAAAAUAAGUGUUCAACGAAGUGAUUAUAGUAGGUUUAAGUUGUUUUAAGAAAUAAAAAAUGAGUUCAAUAGGGACUGGGUAUGACCUUUCAGCAUCUCAGUUUUCUCCUGACGGAAGAGUUUUCCAAGUAGAAUAUGCUGUGAAAGCAGUAGAAAAUAGCGGCACUGUUAUAGCUCUCAGAGGAAAAGAUGGUGUAGUGUUUGCUGUAGAAAAGUUAGUCACUUCAAAAUUAUAUGAACCUGGAGCAAAUAGAAGGAUUUUUACAAUUGAUCAACAUGUUGGAAUGGGUGUUUGUGGUUUAAUUGCUGAUGCUCGACAAAUUGUGGAUAUUGCCAGACGAGAGGCUGCAAAUUAUAAGUCCCAGUUUGGAGUGAAAAUUCCUAUAAAAUUCUUAAAUGACAGAGUCAGCAUGUACAUGCAUGCCUAUACUCUGUACAGUGCAGUAAGGCCUUAUGGAUGCAGUGUGGUAUUAGGAAGCUAUGAUCCUGAGGAUGGUUCAUCAUUAUACAUGAUUGAUCCAUCAGGAGUUUCAUAUGGUUAUUAUGGAUGUGCUAUAGGUAAAGCUAAACAAUCAGCUAAAACUGAAAUAGAAAAAUUGAAAUUAACUAAUAUGAAUACAAAGGAACUAGUUAAAGAAGCAGCUAGAAUAAUAUAUUUAGUUCAUGAUGAAUUAAAAGACAAAAACUUCGAACUUGAGCUUUCUUGGGUAAGCAAAGAUACAAAUGGUCUUCAUGAACGUGUACCAGAACAUGUUUUCCUCGAAGCUGAAAAGUCAGCUAAACAGGCAAUGGAAGCAGAUUCAGAUUCAGAUACAGAAGAUAUGUAAUUAAUUGAAGUGUUAGGUAUUUUUUUAAAGCCAUUUAUUAAAAAAUAUUUCAUAAG